AUGUCGUCUCGGCCUGAUACCUGGCCUGAUGCCACAGGAGAGCUUCUCCCAAACACACUGUUCAAGAUAGCAGAGCAGUACCCUGAUCUCGUAUAUGCCGAGUAUUUCACCGAUCCUAUAGACAUAGCCAAAGGCCACCGCAAGGUCACCUAUCGAGACUUCGCCAACGCUGUUCAUACAACAGCUUGGUGGAUUGAGGAGAAUUUGGGUAAGCCCAAGAUACAAGAUGGCAAUGAGACCAUGGUAUAUCUCGGGCCCAACGAUUUGACCUAUGGCAUUCUCGUCAUGGCCAGUAUUGUUGUUGGAUACAAGAUGCUGUUUCCAUCCCUGCGUUACGGCGCUGAAGCCAUCGCCAAACUGAUCGAACACGUCGACGGCAACAUCAUGCUAUCUACUACUAACCCCUUCCCCGUCCACGCGGAAAUCCUCGCUCGACGUCCAAUGCGCACAUAUGUCCUCCCCUCUCUCCCCUCGCUUUACGCAACCAAAUCCCCACACCACCCCUUCACCAAAACCUACGCUGAACACAAACACGAACAUUUCGUCUGCCUCCACACAUCCGGAACAACCGGCUUUCCCAAACCCAUCCUCUGGACGCACGAGUUCGUCAACGCCAAUUUCCAAGGCUACUAUUUGCCGCCCACAAACGACGGGCGUGAGCUGACACAUCCUUUUACCGGCACGUUGAAUCGCAUCAUGGUGCCCUUUCCCGCAUUUCACACCAGUGGCAUAGUCAUCCAGUGCUUCGUCGGGCUAGCUACCGGCUCAACGAUAUUGCUGCCUCCACCGGCGGAUUCGCCUGGCGGUGUUGUUGACGUGAUAGCAGACACAUUAGACUACCUCGGAUCGGGCCCCGACGCCAUCACCACACUGACGCUCCCGCCGCCGCACAUGGAAUAUCUAGCCCGCCACCCGGCGCUCCUAUCCCGCAUCAGCGCUCGAGUCGCUCGAGUCGGUUUCGGCGGCGGCGACAUCAGUGCCUUAGCCGGCAACACCAUCGCCGCGAAACUCCAGAUCCUCAAUGAAUUCGGCUCGACGGAGAACGGGCUGUGGCCUGCUGUCACCAAGCCGCAAAACGCUCUAUGGCACUACGCCUCCCUGCACCCCGCGCUCAACUUCCGCCUCGACCCCGUCAGCGAGUCGCCAGACGGCACUGUCUGCGAGGCGGUGCUGGUGAAGAAUCCCGGCGCGUUCGCUCAGCCGCUGUUUACCAUGUAUCCGCACGAGACGGAGAGGAAAGUCGGCGAUUUAUUCAUCCGUCACCCAGAGUAUCCGCAGCUGUGGAGACAUUACGGCCGCGCGGAUGAUUUGCUGAAUUUCAGCACCUCGGAGACGUUUCACCCGGCUGCUGCGGAGCGGCGCAUCGCGGGGCAUGAGUGCGUGGAGGAGGUGUUGAUGGUGGGCACGAUGAGGCCGGUGGGCGCGUUGAUUGUGCGGCUUGCGCAGGGGAAGGGCGUGGAUGAUUUGUGGAGUGUGGUUGAGGAAGUUAAUCAGACGAGUCCGGUGUAUGCGAGGGUCAGGAGGGAUAUGAUUCUCGUUGUUACCGAGGCGUUUCCUACGACGGCGAAGGGGACGGUGCAGAAGAAAGCGACAGUGGACAAGUAUAAGAAGGAGUUGGAUGGGUUGUAUGAGAAGGUGGGGGUGGUGGAUGUUAGGAUCGAUAUCCCCAUGACACCUUGA